AACGUUUUCUGUGCAACAAGCAUCCACAGACGUCUUCGCCUUCGAUCGCAUUACGCGCAUAAUAUCCCACRAUCCAAAAUAAUUCAAAUACUCAAAUCAUCAAAGUAAACAUGUCGACGGAUUUGCGCARACCAACCUUGAUCGAAUCGAUCGCUCUUGGAGGAGCCUCGUGUGUCUUCACAGUCAACUUCACCCAUCCUAUCGAGCUCGUGAAAACUCGAAUGCAAGUGUCAGGAAAUGCAUUGGGCGCGACAGUAGGAUCCACAUAUGCUAAGGAAGGACUCGCCGCCUUCUGGAAGGGUAUCCAAUGGGCCUGGGGACGAGAGGGUUCCUACGCCAGCAUCAAAUUGGGAGCAUACGCUCCCGUCCGUGACGCAAUUGGCGCAGGAAAUAAAGAUUGUAAGUACCUGCAUAGCUUUUUUCUUCACCAAGUCCAUACCGUACUGUAGGAUAUGUUUUACCCGCGAGAAGUAACAUCCAACGACACGCUUAUAGAGAAAUUUGCCACUUGCCUCUUCGUGUGAUUUUCCAAUCCCCAAUAGCACCUUUCUACCUAAAGUUUGCCGCUGGUGCCAUUACAGGUGGUGCCGGAUCCUUGGUCGGCAACCCUUUUGAUGUCUUGAAAACUAUGGCACAAACCAACAGUGGAAAAUCCGAAAGUCUGGGGAAAACCCUCAGUGACUUUCAUGCCAAGAAUGGAGUAGCGGGAUUUUACAGAGGUAUCCAGGCCAACAUCAUGAGAGCCUGUGUUUUGAAUGCUACCAAAAUGGGAGUUUACGACAUUGCGAAGGGAUUUGUUACGAAAUCGACSGGAUGGGAGCGAAAGGACCUCCGAACAACGUUUUGCAGUGCCAUGGUYAGUGGCCUUGCCAUGACCUGUACUGUUAGUCCAUUCGAUCGCAUUCGUACUGCCUUGAUGAACCAGGGAGACAAAAAAAUGUACAAUGGAUUUAUUGAUUGCGCCACCAAAUUGGCCAAGAACGAUGGACCAUUAAGUUUCUGGAGAGGAUUCGUCCCUAUGUGGGCUCGAUUCGCUCCUACGGCAACCAUUCAAUUGGUAACCAUCGAAGCCCUCUAUGGAUUGUGCGGACUGAAGAGCAUUUAAAUUCAUACUUUCAUCAAACAAUUACUUUACCAAGAGUUUUCACUCGACAUCGAUGUACCUAUCACCAUUUUGGUACAUACAGAAAAAUAAUCUUCAGUAACAAUA